AAGGUGACAGAGCCCGACAGUCGCCACCGGCCCUUUGCAGCCGAAGCCGCCGCGCUCCCCGCACCACCUGCCCCAGCGCCGGCCGGGCGCGGCGGCACCGCGAUGCCCUGGCGGCCGGGGUCCCCGCGGUCCCGGGGGGGGGGCGGCGGGCUGUCCCGGUGGGCGCAGGGCGGGAAGCGGAGCCCGAGGCAGACGGAAACGUUUAAAUAGUGCCUGCUGCAUCCCGCAGCCCCGGCGCUGCUCGCGGCUCCGUUGCAGUCAUUAUCUGGGGAGCGGAUGCCCAGGGCUCUAUGGGGACUGCUAAUGGGCCGAUUCAAUUUCAGCUGGAUGACGCCACUUAGGAUUUUUAGAUGUACCCUGAUGCCGCAGGGUCUCCUGGCUCCUGGAAAUGCAGCUCUCUUCCAGUGUGGCUGAACUCAGUUGUGACGAGACAAUGGACCCACCCGCUGAGGACUUCCAGCAGGUCCUGUCCAUUGACCAAAUCCGCUCCAUCCGUGCCAGCAACAACUACGUGGAGAGACCGGCUGUCUGCUUCCAGCAAGCCCGCUCCAACCCAUCCCUGUCCCAGGCACCACACAAGCAAGAGUGGUCCCAGGACCGCCUGGCGUCUUCCACCUUCCAGGACCUGCACCGCAGCCACAGCCAACAGCACCAGAUGCCGCCUUUGCAGCAACACAUGAGCCAUUCCAGCACAGCCAGCUCCGUCUCCCAGAGCACCACCGCCUCCGACCAGCGCCUCCUGAGCAGCCUCACGCCCUCCCACUCCGGGCACUCCCUCAUCCGGACGCAGCCCCGGGCUGGCGAGCUGAAAGUGGAGGAAUCGCCGCUGAAAGGGGUGGCGGACAAGCCCACCCUCCACACCGGCCACCUCUUCAUCUGCGAGGAGUGCGGGCGAUGCAAGUGUGCCCGCUGCACAGCUGCCCGCAGCCUGCCCUCCUGCUGGCUCUGCAACCAGCGCUGCCUCUGCUCUCCCGAGAGCCUGCUCGACUACGGGACUUGCCUCUGCUGCGUCAAGGGUCUCUUCUACCACUGCUCCACUGACGAUGAGGACACCUGCGCUGAUGACCCCUGCUCCUGCGGGCCGGGGUCCUGCUGUGCCCGCUGGGCUGCCAUGAGCUUCCUCUCUCUCCUCAUGCCCUGCCUCUGCUGCUACUUUCCUACUCUGGGGUGCCUCAAACUUUGCCAGCGGGGUUAUGAUGGCCUGAAACGACCCGGCUGCCGCUGCCAGAGCCACACCAAUACGGUCUGCAGAAAGAUCUCCUCCUCCAGCGGCACACCUUUCCCCAAGACGCUGGAUAAGCCGGUAUGACCCUCCCGGGGAGGAGAAGCAGGAUUUGCUCCUUUUCCACCGCCUCCUCCUCCUCUCCCCUUCCCUCCAUCCCCCUACUCCUUCAGCUCCCUCUGCUCUGCAGCGCUCCCUGCUACCCACCAUCACCUCCCAGGAAUGAGACAGGUGAACUGUGGGGGUCCCCCAGCCCCUGGGAGCAGAAAGGCAGCUGGGUGGCCGGGGGAGCUGGCACCCAGCUGGUGGGAAACGGCGGUUUUGCACACCUGGGUGAGGGACCAGGAGAGGCAGGGAGAGCUGCAGGUGCCCUCUCCGGUCAUGCCCCACAUAGAAGGGCGACCUGAGGGGUCCUUGGGACUCUGCUCUCAGAGGGUUUUAGGAGCUGCCACUGCCCCCCUGUGUGGUCCUUCCUGAUAUGGGGAAGAGGCAGGUCAACGCAUCCCCUGUGCAAGAGUCCUCCAGGAGCCAGACCUCUUUCUCUCUCUCUUUAUCUUGCUCCAGCACUUUUUGUGGGUGGCCUCUCUCCUCUCAUGUGGCCACAGGUCUGCUUUCCCCAAGGGAUGGGGUGCCACAGGGUCCCACUGGUGCCAGUGGCUUCCCUCUAGGCUUGGAAGCUGCUGGGAGAAGCAAGUGAGCUUCAAAAUGAGGUGCCAUCAUAUUUUUCUGUCUCAAAGAGGAAGGGAAGGUGUGGGAAGCUUUAGAAACCUUCUGGCAGGGGAAGGAGCUAUCGGAGGCAGCCCAACCCACUCGCUUCUGCCCGACUGCAGCGAGGGAAAGGUCCCCUCUGGGAUUUGGCUGAGAACAAGAAUCUGGUUUGAAAUUGCCAUUCAUUUCUCAGUGCCUCGAAGGGCUGCCUCCGGAGCUCCAACCCUGGCGGAAUGGGAGCUGCUGCCUAGCUCCAUCCCACUACUGAGCAGAUGCGACAGGCACCGGCUCCUUGAUCAAGCCUCCAGAACCCCGAUCUGGUACCUUCCACCAGCACUGAAUUCACUUUAAAAAAAACAACCAAACAACUGAAGACCCAACGCCUCACACUGCUCUCCCUGUCAAUUAGUGCCAGUCCUGGGGGACUCCUCAGCAGGGACUCCUGCAGCCCCUGCUUCGGGCUGGAGGGAAGUGGAGAGCAGGAGGGGGUGUUGAAAGACAGGAGCCUGACCUUCCCUCCCAGCAGAAGCUGCCUUUGAGUCCUCACCUGGUUUUCCAGCAAGGAAACCACCACCACCAGUGUCGUGCCGGCAGGCAAACCCUGCUGGCACUGCUGCAGGUGUUCUGCAACGGUGGCUGCCUGUGGCAAACGGGAGAUGGGUCUGAACCAAGCCCCGGGGCUGGGCCAUCUGUAGACCAGAAGGAAACCCAAAUUGGGGUCAGUGCUUCAUGGUUUACUUGCUGGGAUGAUAAUGAGCCCAACCCGUUGCUGCAGUCGGGGGUUGCUCCUCCCUGGUCCUGGGCACAGCCCCAUCUUCGCUUGCAAACGCACGGCGCCAGCUCUCAGUUGUGACCCUGCUGACAUCGGCUGAUCUGUCAGGGCAGUUUGGAGCCAGAAUGGUGUCCCGGUGCUUGGCUCUGCCUGCCUGUCCCCCCUCUGAGGUGUGUGAGUGCAGAGUGAAGCGAAUGGUCCUCCUGGAGAAAUAUAUGCAAUGUGUCCCUUGGCUUCCUCCAAGACCCUGCUAUCCAGGGCUCAUCCGUCGCCUUCCCUCAGCCACCUCUUUACGUAGAGUUCUGUGGAUCUAUUUUUGUAUAUAUAAAUAUAACAUUAGGAUGGCUAGGUCUAUUACUAAUAAUAUUCAUGAUACUGCUGUGAAUGGUGCCAGAUGCAAGGUUUGGCUUCCUGGUACACUUGCACAUGCUGGAAGAUGAUUUCCCAGUCUGUUUAUCACUAAUCCUAGACCUUUAGUUCCUAGGUAGUCGGGAGUGGGGGAGUGUCCCUGGGUGGGGGGGGCUCUGCAGAGAGAGGGUAGGAUUUAGUGCUGGCUGUAGGGUGAGGGAGGAGGUAGACUCUCACCAUGGGAUUCCUCUUUCCAUACAUUUGCUAUCUAAAAGUCGCGGCUGAUCCAAGCUUCCUCUGUUGCAGAGAAAAGCAGUUCCAAAGAGUGAUUCAUCCAGCUUGAAAACAUUAUUCAUUAAAUUUUGUUCUGGUGGUGCUUAUCUCCCUUGACUCAAAUGGGACCCAAACACUGAACUCAAGGUUUCCUGUGGAAAGGGAGAUGAAUCCCAUCCCUGGUGUGAGGUUUGUGCCUGGGGCGUGUUACAGACAUGACCGAAACCCUCACCCUGAUUUCACCUACAGCCUGAGUGGGGGUGUUGGAAGAUGCUUCCUCUGGCCAAAAAUGGAGAGCCUGCUUCCAUAAGCUGUGGGGAAUUCGGGAUGAUGCUCUGGGUUACAGUGAGGAUUUCCUGGCAUUAGGAAGGGAGAGGGCCAUGUCUGUGCAGUUUGCCCAUCCCUUGAGGACAGCCCUGGACUCUGAAAUCGUUUGGGUUUUAAGGCAACGACCUUCAUAGAGGAUGCCCUGUAGGUGUGUGUACCUCCGUAAGAUUGGUCCGUGUCUCUGUGGCAGCAGUUAUGAAAUAUAUUGCAAACAUAUUUAUCCAUAUGCCAAUAAUUGCUUGGCUCCCUACUUCCAAGCAGUGUUCGGGGGAGAGACUUCCAUCAAGAGGCACCCUUCCUUUUGAAUGCUCGGUUCACUUUUCUGUUGGUGCUGAUUAAACUCCUUCUUCCUGAAAAGUAUAGAACUUUUUUAGGGGAAAAAAAUGUCUCCUUUUCACUGAGGAUUUGAGGAACUGCCUCAUUGGAAUGAGAAUGUGAAAUAGUUCAUUGAAACUUUUUAAAAAAACCUAAUGAACAGAAUUUUCCAACUUGCUCUACUUUGAUUUAUUUUUUUUCUCCUUUUUAAAUGGAUCCUACUCAUAAAUUUAGUUACCACCUCUGUAUCUUUGCAAUUCAUUGCUUCCUCUCCUGAUGGUGGAAUGACUCAACAUGUGAAGCUUCAUCAUUUUCACGGCCUCCCAAGUCAUGCAAGCACGGGGUGACCUCCCCCAGGUGCUGGAGCUGUGGGAUGAGAAGAUGGCUGUCCACAUACCAGCUCCCCAGAGCCAGUUUUCCUUGGCAGUAGCACGGCGAGGCGGAGCCCUGCACUACUAUUGCAGCAUAUUUACCUUCAGUAAUUGGUAGGAGGCCAGGACGCCUGCCAGUAGCCUUCUACCUAAUGGGCUUUUUCUGGGUCAGUGCAGAAGUCCCACUUCUACCAGGGAAUCAUGCCAUAGCCUGGGUGCAGGGCUGAGGAGUCUGACCAGGUCUCCUGGAUGUCUCAUCUCCAAGAAAUGACAACCCUCUGAGAUAUAUUUUAUGAAAUACAGGUCAUGUAGAAGGGAACUGGAGAGGAGGAGAGCCCAGAUGGGCACUGAGGUCCGGCAGGCCAGCGCAGGGCUUUGCUUUGACUGUGUUGAGGGCAAAAUGCAAAGCUGCACCCAGACCUUGCAUUCGUGUGGGCUAGAGAAGUUUGGAGCUGUUGGGCCCUACUCUGCUCGUAGGGGCAGGUGGCUUCACGUGGGGUUACUGCUUCCCACCCCACCAGGGGGGGUCAGCCAGCUCCCAUUCUUUGCUCUCAGCAGAAAGGACAGGUUGGGAUUUGCCAAAAGCUCUCCAAGGAGGCCAGGUCCGGGGCACCGCGCUCAUCUGGGGUCAGGAAGGCUGAGGGUAGCCUCAGAUCGUGAGGUUUUCCCUGAGCUUUUCCUAACAUCUUCAGACCAGAUCUAUCCUGCUCCCUUCCCAUCUCUGGCUGCCAGAUAGUUUCAUUUCCCUGCAGAGACGACUCCAAUUUUGGUUGGGGUUGAGAGCCCCUUUCCUGCCCCACCCUGCAAUGAGUCAGAUAACAUCUGCUCCAGAUGUUUGUUUGCAGCUGCUUGUCCUGGCAGUUUGGGUUUCUCUCUGUCCUGACGUGUCUUUUUUGGUUUUCUUUUGGGAGAGUCACAUGCUGAGUUCACUGUUUUCCCUGCACCCCAUGAUUUGACGAGGAUGGAUCCACUUUGCGAGGGAACGUUGUUUGUUUUUUGCCAGGAAACUUGCAAGGCUGUAGGGCAGAUUUAGACAAGGGAAGAGAGUCUCAGGUGCCAAAGGAGCAGGAGGCAGGAGUUGCUGAGCAGGACCAGGGCUCCCCCUCCUCUGCUGCCCAUGCAGGACCCCCCUCUUCCCACCCAGACCUCCAAAGGUCCAUCCGUGCAGGAGCUCCUGCUGGUGCUUGCUUUCUCUGAGGCUUCCCUUGGUCCCACUCCCCUCCUUCCCUACUGGCAAACGUGAGAUCAGUCCCAGCACUGCUGAGGAGGGGUCACCGGGGACCAAGGUGGGGUCUCUCCCAUCCCAGCUCCCCAACCCACCUGGUAGAAGGACAGAAGUGGUCCUUGGGCUGCUGUCUGCCCAUCCCUGAGAAACAUCAGUGCCAGCCAAGUCCCUCAAAGGACAAGGUAGGGAAGCUCUUUGGGACUCUCAAAUUCCUGCAGAAUCCCAUUGAAUUUGCUCUUCCCCAUGCCCAUGUGUGAACCCAAAGACUGGCAGGCAAGUGUCAUCGACCAUGAGAUGCCAAAGCACAGAAUAACAGUUUAGUGCAAUAAAGAGGCAUGAGCGGUGGGGGGAGAGGAGCUGCUGCCAGAUUUGCGUGGCUGGGCUGCACAGGGAAGGAGCAUGCCAUGCCCCAGACUUGCUGUUUCCAGCACCCGCUCUCUUAGGCUGCUCUCUGCCUCAGGCCCUCGGGUGUUUUGAGGCCGGAGGAAGCUGGAAGGUCUUCAGAUAUUGGAAGGUCUAACUUCUUUGUGAUCAGCUUGUGAGGAAAGUAGGUAAGGGAUGAUGUACCCCCACCCCAAAGCCCAUUCUUGGUUUUUAGUAGGGUCCAGUUCAGGCUUGUCUUCUUCAAGGAGCCCAUGGAGCCCAGGCCUGCGGGAUGCUCGCAGCAGCUGGAGGCUGCUGGUCAGCAUCUGGCCUGUGUGGGCCAAACCAGAGCUGUGAUCUCUUUGGGCUCAGUCUGCUUCUGGGUAUUUCUCAGUGAGCAUCGGGAUCUCCUGCAAACUCCAGAGUGCAGGUUGUGAGCUUGCGUGGGUGAGAUCUGCUGUCCAGCUUGGGGUGAUGCUGCAGGAGAAUCCCCUGAGGGUGUAAGCCAGGGAGGCUGAGGGGUGCCCUUGCAGGGGGGCUGCAGGUGGGAGGGUUGUUGGAUGGAUGGGACAUCACACGUCUCCCUGGGGCAGUGGAUGUGCGAGUGCUGGGUGAGGGGAAGCAGCGCAGGGUCUCUCGCUGGGUCUCUCUCCCGCUGCACCUUCCUGCAGCACCCCAAGGGGCUUCAGCACGAGCAGGACCAAACCCAGCCCGGCAAGCUGGCCUGGGCACUGGGGGUGAGGUUUCUCAUGCCCUUUGUCCCAACUGCAGCAUCAGCUGAAUGGAGUGUUGCUAUCCCAGAGCUGGCACGGCUGGUCCCCGUCUUGCUCUUGCUGCCGCUCAGCCCUGGCACAGCCCCUUUCUCCCUUCCCCCGUCCCCUCUGCCCAUCCUUUCCAGCGGUUCCCUCAGGCCCUUGCGAUGCUCGGCGGACAGGCAGCGGCUGCGCAGCCUCCUGCCUCCCCAGGUGUCCUCAGCACAACAUUCUCCUUAAAAGACGGAUCACCCUUGGCUUCAAAGGAGGGCCUCGUACCAAGAACCGAAGCCUCUAAUUCUCCAUUUAAUUGGUACCAAGGCAUUCUGUACAGUGUAUAAAGAGAUUCCCUCCCCCGCCUCUCUUUGUUUGGGUUCCUUUCUAUAAGGUAUAAUAUAUGUUUAUAACCUGAUGGCUGUUUUUUGACAAUACUCUUGUACCUUUUAAGGGAAAAAAAUAAAAAAAACCCCAAAGUAUUUAUUUGAAAAGUUUAUUUUAAAGAUAAGAAAAAAAAAUAACCUAUUUAUUUUAAUGCACCCUUUUCUGUUCAGUUUUCUUCUCUUGCAAAGCUAAUUAACUGUUACUGAACCACUGCUGAGAUGAAAGAAGUAAUGCUGUGGGUGGCUUCACAAGCCCACUUAGAGCAACUAUUCAAUAAAAAUAUAUAUUAAUUUUGAA